UUCACAUGCGACGCAAAGCACUUGCGAUGGAUGAGGAAGCAAAGCCAAAGCUCUUCAGGACGGGGAGAGAGAUGAAGCGACGGAGAGGGGGCGAGGGGGAGAGCCAGUGUACUCAGAAGACCAUCUCGCUGCAGAGCCCCCUCGGGACAAUCCAAGUCAGAGGAUGUGAGGCGGGCGUGCACACCAUCCGGCUCCUAAUGGAUGUCGCACCUGCUGAAAGGAACGACCAGGGCCCCGGGAGCUGUGAGGUCAUCGAUGGCUCUGCGGGGGCGGGGCCUGAGCUGCUGCGCUGCGUGGACUGGCUGCGGGACUACUUCAGUGAUCCGGGGGCCCCCGGGGGCCCCCUGCUCCCGCGGCUCCACCACCCCACCCUGCGAGGAGACUCCUUCUCCAGCCGGGUGCUGAGGACUCUUCUGCAGGAGGUGAGGUUUGGGGAGACCGUCUCCUACAAACGUCUGGCCGAAAUGGCGGGAAACCCCCGCGCCGUGCGAGCGGUGGGAGGAGCCAUGAGGAGGAACCCGGCGCUGUCAUGUCCCAGGAUGCAUCGCUCCGCGGCCCCGGCGUGUUUGUCACCGUGUCCUGGCAACCAGAACCAGAGGCUGGGAGACCGGGCUGGCAGUUAGCGGUUUCUCGCCCAGCAGCGCUGCCUGAAAAUGGGCCACUUCCUGUAGAGCUGCAGCUGCCGCCUCUGCUACUUCCAUUACUUUCUAUAGCAUGCAGAUGUUGUAUCAACAUUCCCCCCGCCAAGGGGACCGCAAUAACGGCGAGACUUCAUGCCAUGUCGCCGAGGCACGUCAAUUUCUCAAGUGGCACAAUUAAAGAGGGAAAUACAGUACCGCCAUGUUUCUUUUUCUUUUUUUUUUGUAGCUGCUGAAAUCGGAAAAGGAGAUUUUUUUAACUGCUGUUUUUUUUCUUCUUCUCCGUCUCCUCCCCAAAGGUGGCUGUUUCAUAAGGGUUCAGAAAUCUACCCCCAUUUUUUAACGGCACUUUUUCCCCGAGUUGAGCUGUUCUGUAAGCCUUUGUGUGGGAGACCUGUAGCGACCCACAGCGGAUAUGGAAAUGGGGCUAAGGUUUUAUGGGCCAAACGGAUUGGACACAGCGAAGCUCAGGGGGCAUGAAUAUUGGAUGUUAUUUCUGCUCUCUUUUUAUGUAAUCCAUUGCCAAUACAUUAUUAAUAGAUGAUAUCAUAUCCAGAACCAGUGGACAAAGCAGUACAGAUGGGUGCUAUGAAAGGGGCUCUAUUUGGUGGAGACUGCUAGGGCAGAAAAUGCAGUUCAAGUGAUAUUAUUUUAACGCUCCAGUCUAACAGUCUGUGACCGCUCGUUUCUUUCCAAAGUACUCUUUCUUUUUUCUUUUUUUGGGGGGAGGGGGUUGUGAGGGUAAGGGUUGGAGGAUGACGACUUUGGGAAGUACAUAAGGAGUGAAAUAUAGUGAAAACUUGUAUCUCGACCAAAAGCGGUAAAGCUCCAGUAUUUGGUUGGUUUGAAAUGCACUGAAACAUUGAUGAAGUAUCAAAUGACACCCAGAUACAAGUUUAAUGUAUUUCAGAGCACUGGGAUGCCCGGCUGCUGCUGAGACGAAAUCUUUGGGAAGGAUCGGGAAAUGUUUUUUUUUUUUUCUGCUUCUGGCAAAGCCAAGUCCCAGCGUACAGUAGCUAGGGGAAAAGUUGUUAUCUGAUGGACUCAUUCUCAGGCAGAAGAUAAAGUUAACGUCCAGCUACAAAAAAAACACCCCAAUAAAUAAAUAACAAAGUCAUGGUCAGGCACCUUGAGAGAUCUGCCUCGUCAUCGCCUGAAAAGUGAAGUUUUCGAGUUCGGCAGCAAACUACGUUUUGUGUACUCGUCCUACGAUGUUCCUCAACUUCUUGGAGAAACACUUUGCUUGGCGGUUUGAACGAACGCUGUCCGUCAGAGAGCAAAUCCCGGAGCCCUCAGUGGUUCAGCGCCCCUGACCGUGGCGAGACGGAGAGUCAUCAGUAGUGAUUGUUUGAUUUAUAGGAUCCUCUUAGUCUCGACAGGGUACACAUGCGGCCACAAAGGCGCUUAAUCAACACACGGGCGGGAGCGGAGG